GUGCUGCGGCGGCGGCUGCGCCGUUGACGAACCCUAGACUUUGCUCAGGAGGUAUGCACAUUCUGUAACCGAUAGGUUCAAAGAAAAGAAAAUCUACAUAUUUUCUUCGGUUCUGGGCCGAGUAACCAGGGAAAGAAGAGAGGCAAAUCGCGGAGCAGCUCGCCUUCUUCCCUCCCGCGCCGCUCCAGAGUCCUGAGGGAGGAGUAGGGCAUUCGAUUCUAGCAGUCGAUUCUGUCCUUGAGAUCCAGAAUCAAGCUAAGCAGCAACUCCAGCGUGCAGCAAUGGCGGCCGCGGCAGCUGACGUUCUCCUGCCUUCCAAGAGGCAAAAGAAUAACCCCAGUUGUCUGGGAACCUUGCCAGUCCUUCCGGCCACGGCAACUGCAGACUGGUCCUCGCUCCAGCCCGACAUAGUCCGCCACAUCGCCAACUCCUUCCUCACCACCGACGACGUCGACUGCUACAUGGACUUGCGCGCCGUCUGCCACAACUGGCGCUGCGCCACCGACGACCCCAAGGACGACACUUCAGACCCUCGGUUCCUCCCGUAUCGGUGGAUCAUCCUCAACGACGCCUUUCAGAGUGGCACGCGUCUCCUCUUGGUCAACACCAGCACUGGCCGGUUCCUCCACAGGGAGCUCCCAUUGCUCCGCGACUACUAUGUCAUAACCACCACUCUCACCGGCUUCUUCAUCCUGGCUGAUAGGAGCCCUCCUCAUGCCGCUCGCGUAUUCAACCCUCUCACCGGCGGCACCAUCCCAUUCACGGUGCCUGUGCCGCCUGAGGUGAAUGUUGCCGGUUCCAUCUGCUUUGACUUCACUUUGCCUUUGCUCACCUUGCUCUGCGACUCAUCUCACAAGCUGUACAUGGCCAGGCCUGACCAGUUUGAAGUCGAAGACCAUAAGUUUCCAGUUUAUAGUUUCAUCCGAAGGGCAGUCGUAGGUGGUUUGAUCGGUCGUUGGUGGGGAUCAGCCGGAAUGGCUGACGUGAUUGGCAAGAUCUUGGGUGUGGCAGAGUCGCUCCGUGCUCAUCCAUUGAAGUUUUUUUCCACUGAUCCUCCUGAGCUGGGGUCUGCAGACAACGCCCGGUGUUUCCUAAUGGACUUUGGUGGACAUCUGCUGGCCAUCAUCAAGGGACAAGGACUCAUCCAGGUUUUCAAGUGCGAUGACGAGAAUGGCACACUUUCGCAUGUGAAGAGCAUCAUCAAGCAUGCCAUCUUCAUUGGUCACCAUAGGUGCCUAGCUGUGAACACCGAUAUGUUCCCAUCGAUUGAGGCAAACUGUAUUUACUAUACUGAACACCUGGGUUCCUCUGCUCGUAUCUGGAAGUUCAACAUCGAGGACAGGAAAGUAGAGACGGUCUCGGAAGCUGUUGAUUUUGCGAAGAAGGACAAGCAGUUUGUCCUCGUCGCCGACCGUCCUUUCACGAUCAUCCAGCUUCUCUCGAGCUACAGCAUCAACAUCCAGGAUUCUGAACUGGCCUUACAACAGAUCACAUAAGGCGCCGCCGAUGAACUGGAUGAUUAAGCCUAUGGUAUGCAUUGCUAAGAAAUGGUUCAUGUUGUCUCUGUGGUCUUUUGUUUUAUUAUUUUGGUUAUGCCUUGACUUGUUCAGAGCGAGAAACAAGUUGAAUCUAGGUUGUAUGUUCUGUGAUGGAAUUAGUGUUUGCUAUCUUAAUUAGGACAUGAUGAUAUGUACCCAAUGCUCCACUGUUUAGCUUGAUGGUGCAAUGUGGCUCUUAAUUUCUGCAGUAAA